AGCGGCGGAGAAAAUGACUAAACUCACACUGAUUUAACAAGCUGGAAACGAGACAGAAAUAUACUUUAGGAUUCUCCUAACGGACCAGAAGCUGACCUCUCACAGCCGGAGCCGCUGUGUCCGGACGGCGCUGGCUCGGAGUCGGGAGUGCAGCGGGGAUGAGGAUGUCAGGAGACUGAUCACACUUCAGACUGCCGCGGCUUCCCUCCGUACUGCUCUGGUUCGGCUUGGAGAAUGAAGAAGUGAGUCCUGCUUUUGGUCUCAGUCAUGGCUGUCCAGACCGGCAUCCAGGUUUGGUUCGGCGAGAAGUUCGAUGCCCCGCCGUCGAGCCUGCGGGGCCCCCGGAGCCCGCUGGCCCAGCGGCACGGCCCCGGACUGACGGACGUCUUCCAGUACGACCAGUGGCUGGCGGUGCGGCACGAGGCCACGCUGGUGCCCAUGCAGGAGGACCUGGCUAUCUGGCUCACCGGCAUGCUGGGAGAGGAGGUGAGAGCCGAGUUUUUCAUGGAGGAGCUGAAUAACGGCGUGAAGCUCUGCCAGCUCAUCGGAGUGCUGCAGGCCAAGAUUUCCCAGAGCUGCCCGGCCGAACUCGGCAAGCUCUUUCCCACACGAAAGGUGGCGUGCAAGCGAGAUGCGUCUCCCGGGUCGUUCUUCGCCCGAGACAACACCGCCAACUUCCUGGCCUGGUGCCGGCACAUCGGGGUGGAGGAGACCUACCUGUUCGAGUCGGAGGGUCUCGUGCUGCACAAAGAGCCUCGGCAGGUUUGCCUCUGCCUGCUGGAGAUCGGCCGCAUCGUCUCAAAGUACGGCGUGGAGCCGCCGGUGCUGGUGAAGCUGGAGAAGGAGAUCGAGCUGGAGGAGACGCUGCUGAUGACGGAGGAGCCGCCGCCGGUGGUCAAAACCUUCAGCGUGUGCUGCCAGCACGGCGGCCUGUACCAGCCCGGGGAGCUCGGCAUGGACGACCCGCCUUGCAACUGCACCAACAGAGUCUCCAUCGAGUACCUGUCCGAGGGACGCUACCGGCUCGGAGACAAGACCAUCUUCAUCAGGAUGCUCCACGGUAAACACGUGAUGGUGCGUGUGGGCGGCGGCUGGGACACGCUGCGCGGCUUCCUCAUGAAGUACGACCCGCUGCGAGUGCUGCAGUUCACCACGCUGGAGCAGAAGAUCCUGGCCUUCCAGAAGGGCCCCCCGGGCCUGGGUGGUCACCACGGCAACGCAGCCCCGCCCCCUCCGCCUGAAAUGGACCCCCUCGCCGCCGUGGACGAUCUCAUCUCCUCCUCCUCUUCAUCCUCCUCCUCUUCCUCGUCGUCCGCCUCGGGCCCCACCUGCAAGGCGCCGCCGUUAACCGCCGCCGGUCAGACGUGCCGGUCGUACAACGCCUCCCCGGUUUGCACGCCCACGCUGUCCAGGAAAGGUUCCGCCUCGGCGCCGAGGAGGAACAUCCAGCUGGCGCCGUCGUCGCCCCGGAAGCCCACCCAGCUGCCGCUGCCCGCCGCCACCAAAGGCUCCGCCUCCCUGCCCUCCACCCCGGUGGGCUCCAAACAGGCGGCCAGUCCGGGGGGUCAGGGGUCACAGGUGCACCGCAGAGCCCUGACUCCGUCGACGUUACCCGUCAAUCCCAGCCACGCCUCCAAGCCCCCCGUGAAUUCCAGCUCCAGACAGAAACUCAGGCCGCCCCUGCGUGGCGCCGCCGCCGCUCAGCCCAGAAGCCCCGUCUGCCCCGAGCCGUCCUCCAAAUGCCCCAAGCCCUCCAGCCCCUGCACCUCCCCGACGUCUGCCUCCGCCUUGCCCCGGCCGGUCGCCGCCCCGGCCCCGGCCCCGGCGAGGGCGCCCGCCCCCAAAGAUGCCCGGCUGCCGCCGGGCGUCGGCCAGCGUUCCCGCCUGGCGCAGCGCCGCCCGGGCUCGCCCGCCUCGCGCCUCCGUCUAGAGGCAGCGAGGCGAGCGAGGACCGCCUCCAGAGCCGGGGCAACACCACCGCCGGCGACCCCGCAGCCCCGGACCGCCGCCGCCGCCGCACGCUCUGCCUCCCCAGCACUGGCCAAGCCCACCGGCCCCCUGCCAAAGGCCAAAGAGCCCGCCGCCAAAGCCAAGGGGCCGGCCGCCGCCAAGCUCACCCCCUCGCUUCCACGAGGGGCCGCCGUUGCCUCCGGGCGGGCCCCGGGGGCCGGCGCCGGCCCGUCUCCCGCCGGCAGGGCCAAUCAGAAAGCCCCCCCACAGAGGACGGGUCGGAAACCAGCCGCCGUCGCCACCAGCCACGCCGCCGCGAGGUCGACUCCCAGACCGGAGCCGGCCCCGGCGGCGGCCCCCCAGAGGGCCGGCCCCGACGGCCGGGGGGCCAGACCGCAGCCCGGCGGCGGGAAGAAGCUCCCGCAGAGCAAGGCCAAGACCGAGGACGCUUACUUCGAAAUGAACAACAAAAGGAGGCAGAGGACGUGAAUCAGGAAACGCCAGGACAAAGCUCCUUUUGUUGAUUUUUUUUUUUCUUCGAUUAUUAUUUAAUAGUUGAUUUUUUUUAAAUUUUGUUUUAAAUCUGUAAAGGUUUUUUAUGUUACCUGAAUAAAACUACUUGUUUACAUAAGAGACCAUGAUCAAAUCUUUUCAGUUUUGUCUUGGGAUUGGUUUUAAAGCUUGGAGUUACCAAAGUCAUGAUUUGUUUAUUUUGUUUGGUUUUUUUUUUUGUUUUUUUUACGUUCAGUGAGAACAGACGUUCCACUGAGGCUCGUUGAGACGAGGAUUUUUAAAAACGGUAUCGAGGUGGGGGGUCGGGGGUCCUUCCUGUCGUGUGCCUUUGGUCGGGGAUCGUUAGAAUGUACCGGGAGCGUGGGAGAGUUUUUACUGAUGGAUAUUGCACAGUGUGAACGAGCACUCAUGACUUUGGUUUCUCAGUCUCAAACUACUGAUGGACGCCUCAACACAGCCAGAGCAAAAUCCACUCGGCUUUUAUAUCUAAUUUUUGUGUCUAAUAAAAACAAUCUAGUUUUCUAUGUGGUGUUUGUAUAUGUUGGUGUGUGUAUGUGUGUUUUAUCAGUGAGGCUUUUUUAAUUUUUUUUUCUCCCCUCAUUUGGCACUUUACAGAAACCUCUGCGUUUGUCACAGUUUUGAAUGUGGAUCUUGUCUCCUCUUCCUGCUACUUUUUGAUUAUAAUAAACGGAUGAGUGGUU